AUGUCUGAUUUUGGUAGAAGGACAUGGAAUAGAGAGGACUACAUUGGAGCGGGCUCCAAGACUGAAACUCCAAUCUUUACAGACGUUCAAUUGACAGCGUUGAAGGUGAAAUAUUCAAAUUAUGAUAAACUUAUGCAACAAACGAAUCUCAAUGUGAAUGAAAAGACCCUUGUUACUAAUGUAUCAUCAUAUAAGAAAGGGAAACAAUUUGGAUUUUAUUGUGAUCUUUGCGAUUUAACUUUUAAGGAUACCUUACAAUACGUUAAUCAUUUGAAUCAUAAGGUUCAUUUGUUGAAAUAUGAAGCACUAUUUGGAGAAUCUCUCAUUUCUGAUACAAGGGAUAACGAUGAUAUACCACUAGAUGAAUUUUCUGAUAGUUAUACACGGUUCGUACAUGAUUUUGUUAAGAAACAUAUUGAUCGUCCUCAACAGCAAAGGAACAAACCUCGACAAAAGAAACCAGUCGAUAAUAAAUCUGUGGAAGAGAAUGAUAUAAGUAAGAUGAUGGGAUUUGGUUCUUUUGGUAGUACGAAGAAGUAA